AUGCCCGCCGCAAAACAGGAGGAAAAAGGUGAAUCAUCGACAGCUGCCUACAAGGCGCUCACCAAUAGCAAUUCUACUUAUGAGCUUCCAUGGGUAGAAAAGUACCGCCCCAUAUUUCUGGACGACAUUGUCGGCAACACAGAGACGGUCGAACGGCUAAAGAUCAUUGCACGGGAUGGCAACAUGCCCCAUCUGAUCAUCUCGGGCAUGCCCGGUAUCGGCAAGACGACGAGUGUUCUGUGCCUGGCGAGGCAGUUACUUGGGGACUCAUAUAAGGAAGCUGUGCUCGAAUUGAAUGCUAGCGACGAGAGAGGUAUCGAAGUCGUCCGGCAACGAAUCAAGGGCUUCGCCCAGAAAAAAGUUACGCUUCCCCCAGGGCGGCACAAGAUUGUGAUUCUCGACGAAGCAGACAGCAUGACGUCGGGCGCACAGCAAGCCCUCCGGCGGACGAUGGAAAUCUACUCCAACACGACACGCUUCGCCUUUGCGUGCAACCAGUCCAACAAGAUCAUCGAGCCGCUCCAGUCACGGUGCGCCAUUUUGCGGUACGCCAAGCUGACCGACACACAGGUAGUCAAGCGGCUCCUGCAGAUCAUAGAGGCAGAAAAGGUCGAGUACAGCGACGACGGCUUGGCCGCGCUCGUGUUCAGUGCCGAGGGCGAUAUGCGCCAGGCCAUCAACAACCUGCAAUCGACAUACGCUGGUUUCGGCUUCGUCUCGGGGGACAAUGUCUUCAAAGUGGUAGACUCGCCGCACCCGAUCAAGGUGCAGGCCAUGCUCAAGGCUUGCUACGAGGGCAACGUCGACUCGGCGCUCGACACGCUAAGGGAGUUGUGGGACCUGGGGUACUCCAGCCACGAUAUUAUCACCACCAUGUUCAGGGUGACCAAGACGAUUCCGACCUUGAGUGAGCACUCCAAGCUGGAGUUCAUUAAGGAGAUUGGGUUCACACAUAUGAAGAUUCUGGAGGGAGUGCAGACAUUGCUACAGCUGAGCGGGUGUGUGGUUCGGUUGUGCAAGCUGAAUAUGGACCCUAAGAAGUUUGAGCUGCCGAAAAAGUGA